AUGAAAUUAUAUUUUUUAAUAAUUGUAUUUUCUAAUUGUUUAGCUCUUUCUUAUCUUGACGAUGAAUAUUUAUAUAUGGAAGAUGGUGUAGUUGAUUUUACUGGGAAACAAUAUGACAGUAUAAAUUUUGUUACAACACUAACAAAAAACCCUCAUUGUCUUCAGUUAUUAGAAAAAAGUAAAAUUCCUUAUCAAGACAACGAUACUAUUUUCUUCAAUGUUUCUCAAAUCCGUCCUUUAUCAGCAUUAAUCUCAUUAUUAAGUUUAUCCUUUAGUCAAGAUAGAAAUCCUUAUUAUUUAGUUCCUUUUCUUUAUCCUUCACAAAUGAUUGUUCUUCAAAACUAUUUUAAUAUCUCAGACCUGAAACUUCAAUCUGGGAUUAUUCAAACAUAUGCCAAAAUUAAUCAAACUUCAGUAAUUAUAAUAGACAGUAGUAUGAUAACUACAGUAUCAGUUUAUGAAUGGAAAGAUGGAUCAUUUUUAGAGACUGAACGAAAAAUAUUUAACAAAGGUAGAGUAGAUAGACAAAUUCAACUAGGAAAACUCAUCACGCAAAAAAACUCACAGCUAACAGAAGUUUUUAGGUGUGGUAAAAAAUUAGAUGAAAUCCUUGGGAAUGCAGAAGAAUUUAGUGAGAAAAAUAACAUUCCUUUUUGUUUAGUUUCUUCUCAAGAUAAUAUUAUUUCUACUCUUAAAGAGUUUUACACUGAAAUUAUUCAAUACCUUAAAAAUAUUCUUCAACACAAAAAAGGACAAUUAUUAUGUUCAAGUUUUUUAAUAAGAUAUUUCGAUAAUUUGAUUAGAAAAAGUCCAGACUUUAAAGACUGGAAAGUAAUUACUGCUAGUAUUACCGAAGUAUUAAAAAACAAAAAACUUGAUAAGUAUAGAGUCCUUACUCGAAGUUAUGAUUACUAUACAUUAUUUAAUCCCUACAUACAAAAUUCUGUUCCUAUUUUGACAGAUAAACGUUAUCAAACUCUUUAUGUUAAUUUUACUCUACCUUCAAACACAACUCGUUUAUGCGAAUUACGUGGAACAAUUGACUUUUCUCUUCCAGAAGAAAGUAUUGGAAAUAUUUAUUUAGAUAAAGAACCAAAUAAAAUGCCAAUUCAGCUAACAGGAAGUUUUGAAAUAACAAUUAUUAGGUCUAAACCAGAAAUAACUAAACAAUCUAUAUUUUAUGAAGAACAACAAUGUGAUACUUUCCAAGGAAAAGAAAAAUGUACGACAUCAUUAGUUGGAGUUCCAAUAAAACUAGUUCUAAGAAAAGAUAUUGAAUUAGCCAUUCAAAACAAAGACCGUUUCAUACAAGAAUCAAAACAAUUAACACCUAAAUUAAAAGCAGCUUCUUUGAGUUUUAAGUCAUUAGAUUAUAUUCAAGAAGGAAUUGAAUGGCUGAGAAGGAAUGGCCAUAGUGAAGAGGCACUCAUCUUUUCAAAAUUUAUUUCUAAAUCCUCAAAUAGUUAUGACCUCAUUGAAGUAGCUGAUUUAGUCUAUGAUUAUGUAAUGGAAAAUAGUCAUGAAAUGGAAUAA